AUGGAAAUACCUUCAGUGCUAAACCUGUACAUCUUUGAUACAACAUCACCUAGAGGUAGUAGGCUCAGUGAAGGUUAUAAAAUUUUACCUGAAAACUGCACAAAUAAAUGGGAUUUGAAAACAAUCACGCUUGUAGAUGAACAUGCGAAGCAAUUAUACGAAUCAAUAUUUGCAUACGUAAAAUACCUAGGGU